CUAAACUAUUCAAUUCUCUCUCCAAAUUCAGUUGCCGACUUCCAGUGUUGGUGUACUCGUCUCCCAAUGUCGGCUAACAAUUUCCCCUUUUUAUUCCUCACUCAUUCCUUCACCUCUGCAACAAAAUAUUUCCAUCAAUGGCGGCGAAUAAUUGCUUCCAUUAUCACCUCGCCGCUAUCUUAAUUUUAUCACUUCCGCUCCCCGCCUUUCCCGCCACCUUCACAUUCGUAAACCAGUGCAGCUACACCGUCUGGCCGGGGAUUCUCUCCAACGCCGGCACCGCUCAGCUCUCCACCACCGGAUUCCUCCUUAACUCCGGCGACUCCCUCCCCGUCCCCGUCCCGGCCUCCUGGUCCGGCCGCAUGUGGGGACGGACUCUCUGCUCCACAAACCCCGACACCGCCAGAUUCACCUGCCUCACCGGCGACUGCGGCUCCGGCGCAAUCGAGUGCGGCGGCGGCGGAGCGGCCACGCCCGCAACCCUAGCCGAAUUCACCCUCGACGGCGCCGGGGGGCUCGAUUUCUACGACGUCAGCCUCGUCGACGGCUACAAUCUCCCGAUGCUGGUGUCUCCGGGCGGGAAUUGCACGAUCACGGGAUGCGCGGCGGAUCUGAACGCGGCGUGCCCGGCGGAGCUGAGGGCGGAGGGCGGCGGGGGGUGCAGGAGCGCGUGCGAGGCAUUCGGGGAGGCGAAGUACUGCUGCAGCGGCGAGUACUCAACGCCGGAUACUUGCGGGCCCAGCGUGUACUCGGCGGCGUUCAAGAGCGCGUGCCCACGCGCGUACAGCUACGCCUACGACGAUGGUACCAGCACAUUCACCUGUGCUUCCGCUGAUUACGUCAUCACGUUUUGCCCUGCUCCCUCCACCAGUGAGGAACCUAGUGGGAGAAGCAGCAACGCCCUGUUGGUAUCAAGUGGCGGCGAUUUGAGGGUUAAGCGUGUCAGUUUUUGGAGGAUUAUCGCUAUUUUCAUUGCAGUAGCAGCUAUUUGAUUGAUUGGCUAGAUGUUUUGGCGGGUCGGGUCAACCUGUGAUAAUUGAGUCGGGUCGAGUAAAGCCGGCCUGAUGGAUACGGUGAUUUGACCCGAGGCGUGAGAUGAGUUUUAUGAGCGACGAACAAGAGAUUAGACGUUUUGCUAUGUUUUGAUGCUAAUUCUUGAAUUGGAUAAUUCUUUUUAGAAUUUGGCUGAUAAAGUUUCUAAGAGCUCUGCUGUC